AUGAGCCUUGACGCUGAGACUUGGAAGGCAAAAGCGGCGGCCAAAAGAGCCAGUACGCUCGCCAAGAUUUACCCGCAAUGGAGAUUGAGCCCAGAGGACAUUGCGAGAGCUUCGGUACAGCGUGAUCUGACUGGACCGUUCAUUCAACAAUUUCUCGAUCCUAGAGAAAUAUCGAUCGUGUCUAUGGAUAGCUUGCCUAUCGUUAAUGCCAUCAAACAAGGGAGUCUUACUAGCCUCGAGGUAGCCAAUGCGUUUUGUAAAGCUGCGGCGGUUGCACACCAGAUUGGCAAUUGCCUGCAUGAAAUAUUCUUUGACGAAGCAUUGGAACGAGCUAAGCAACUUGACGAGCACUACAAGAAGCACGGUGCAACGGUUGGUCCACUUCACGGUCUACCAGUGAGCUUGAAGGAUCAAUUCCACGUGAAAGGAAUUGAUACUACAGCUGGAUAUGUGGGAUAUAUCGGAGGCAAUCUAGGUAUCAAAGAUUCGGACCGCGUUCACCAGGUCGAGAGUCAAAUCACCGCCGAGCUGCUGUCGUUGGGUGCCGUUCUCUAUUGCAAAACAAGCGUACCGCAGACGCUUUUCUACACCGAGACCCAGAACCAUAUAAUCGGCGAGACCUUGAACCCAAGCAACCAAAAUCUUUCUUGUGGAGGUUCGUCAGGGGGGGAGGGUGCGCUACUAGCCCUUCGAGGCAGCACGCUAGGCGUCGGUGCCGAUAUAGGGGGAUCUGUGCGAAUUCCCGCCGCAUACAACGGAGUCUUCGGUAUCAAGCCAACUCCCCAGAGAUUCUCAUGUCGAGAUAUCGCAACUAGCAACGCUGGACAAACCGCUUAUCCGGUAGCGGUCGGGUUUUUGAGCACGUCUAUCGACGGCAUAGGACUGCUGCUAGAGUCUAUCUUGUCAACGCAGCCCUGGAUUCGGGAUCCCGCUGUUGUUCCCGUCCCCUUUCGCCAGGACGUUGUUGACGACUAUCUCCAGAGAGUUAAUACUGAUGGAACUGCCAAACAGGGCCAUAGAUCUUUGAAGCUUGGGAUAUUAUGGUCUGACGGAGUCGUGCAUCCUCAUCCCCCCGUUACACGUGGCCUGCACAUGGUCGCGAAUGCCAUCAAAAAGGCUGGUCAUAAGGUUAUCGAUUGGGAACCUCCUUCACAUGAGACGGCGACUAAAAUUCAUCUUUCAAUUAUAAGGGCGGACGGGGCCAAAUCUGUCCACGAAGACUUGAAGUUAUCUGGGGAGCCUUUAAUUCCUGCUCUCGAUACCCGUGGUAUGAAGCUUCGACCGCCAAUGGACGUGCUGAAAUUCCAAGAUCUCGCCGCUCGGGGGCUCGAAUUUGAAGCGCAAUAUGCGGAUUACUGGAAUUCUACCGCAAAAGACGAUGGACAAAUCGUCGAUGCGGUCGUAAUGCCUGUUGCACCCCAUGCGGCAAACAUUCCCGGAAAGCUUUAUCAUAUCGACUAUACCGAAGCGCUCAAUUUGUUGAAUUACAGUGUGGCUGUGAUUCCAGUCACCAAAGUUGACAAAGUCCGGGAUCCUUUUGAUGACAGCUACCAGCCCCUGAAUAGAAAGGAUGAGAAAAAUUGGAAAGCCUAUGACCCCGAAGUCUAUCAUGGGGGACCGGUAGGUGUGCAGAUAGUAGCCAGGAAGUUCGAAGAGGAAAAGGUUUGGGCUAUCGCCAAGGUUGUAUACCAAGCGCUUCAGAAGGCAGAAGGCUCUCACUCGGGCUCUCAGAGUGCUCCUAAUAUUGGAAUUCCUGCACGACUCUAG